AUGGCAGGCACUAUUCAAAACACCCAUGUUUUCUCCUCCUCCUCCUCCUCCUCCUCAAAGAAGAGGAUGACUCCCGAUGACUUUAACAGGGACGAUGAUAUCAUCACCAAGAAACUACCAGCAGCAACAUUUGAAGACCCUGUAUCGGCUUUGGCUAAUGCUCGACAUGAAUUCGGAGAGCAUGGUGGAGUUAACAUGUCCAUUGAGGCCUCCGCCACCUUCACCGUCAUGGAACCUGAAACCCUCAGCCGCAUGUUCACCGGAGAGCUAGGCCCUGAUCGGGAUUUCUUCAUCUACAGCCGCCAUUUCAACCCCACAGUCCUCGCUCUUGGCCGUCAGAUGGCAGCUCUCGAGGGGACUGAGGCGGCAUACUGCACCUCUAGCGGCAUGUCCGCCAUCUCAUCGGUUCUGUUGCAGCUGGUGAGCAGCGGGGAGCACAUAGUGGCGUCUCCGACGUUAUACGGUGGGACACAUGCAUUUCUCACACACUUUCUUCCUAGGUCAUCCAAUAUAAAAACGACGUUUGUUGACAUAAGGGAUUUGAAGAAGGUGGAGGAGGCAAUCGUGGAAGGGUACACCAAGGUUUUGUUUUUUGAGUCCAUGUCUAACCCGACGUUGACUGUGGCCAACAUUCCGGAGCUUUCAAGGAUAGCCCAUGAGAAGGGUGUUACAGUGGUGGUUGACAAUACCUUCGCUCCGAUGGUGGUUUCUCCGGCGAGGCUGGGUGCCGACGUUAUAGUCCAUAGUAUUUCCAAGUAUAUCAGCGGCGGAGGAGACAUAAUUGCUGGAGCCGUAUGUGGUGCUGCAAGUUUGGUGAACUCAAUGAUGGACCUUCACCAAGGGACAUUGAUGUUGCUAGGUCCAACCAUGAAUGCCAAGGUUGCAUUCGAGCUAUCACAAAGAAUCCCUCACUUGGGUCUUAGGAUGAAAGAGCACUCUCAUAGGACUCUCAUAUACGCCCAAAGGAUGAAGAAAAUGGGACUCAAGGUCAUCUACCCAGGCCUUGAAGACCACCCUGAUCACCAUCUUGCCAAGGCUAUCUUCAACAAGGAGUAUGGAUAUGGUGGGAUGUUGUGCUUAGACAUGGAGACUGAAGUAAGGGCCAACAAGCUGAUGAAUGGGUUGCAAAGCAACACCCGAUUUGGGCUCAUGGCUGUUAGCUUGGGCUACCAUGAGACUCUUAUGUCUUGUUCGGGUAAUAGCACAAGCAGUGAAUUGGAUGAAAAGGAGCAGGCGUUGGCUGGAAUUUCACCUGGUUUGGUCAGGAUGUCGAUCGGCUACACUGGGACACUUGAACAAAGAUGGGGCCAGUUUCAAAAGGCGUCUCUCAACUUAUUUUAG